UUCUUUCCAGGUACAUCUUCUCCUUAGCCUUGGCGGACCUCCUCGUCAUCCUAACCUGCGUCCCAUUCACCUCCAUCAUCUACACGCUAGAAUCAUGGCCUUGGGGCGUAAUCAUCUGCAAAAUCAAUGAAGCUGUUAAGGAUAUCAGCAUAGGAGUGUCUGUGUUCACAUUGACUGCACUAUCUGCUGAGAGGUACUGCGCCAUUGUGAAUCCGCUCAGAAGGCUACAAACAAAACCCUUGACAGUCAUCAGUGCUGGUAUGAUAUGGAUUCUUGCCACAGGCUUUGCUCUUCCAGAUGCCAUCUGCUCGGGCAUCUACUACGCACAAAUUGGAGAUAACAAGACAAUCACCUAUUGCUCGCCCUGGCCAAACAUCACCAACGUAGAGACGUACAUGAAGUACGCCAUAGUCCUGAAAUCCCUCAUCUACUACUUCAUUCCUCUUGGUAUUAUUGCCUUUUUCUACGUGUUGAUGGCGAUUCGUCUCCACCAAAGCGCCAACGAUAUGCCGGGUGAGAUCAGAGGGGUCCAGAGUGUUGCACAGGCGCGAGCUAGGAGGCAUGUUGCUAGAAUGGUUCUGAUUUUCGUCUUCUUGUUCUUCAUCUGCUUCCUACCUCAUCACGUCUUCAUGUUGUGGUUCCAUCUUUAUCCUGAUUCCAAAGAAGAAUACAACGACUGGUGGCACGCUUUGAAGAUAAUAGGAUUCUGUUUGAGCUUUCUAAACUCCUGCGUCAAUCCCGUGGCACUAUACUGUGUGAGUGGCGUCUUCAGAGGACACUUUAACCGAUACCUAUGCUGCAAGGAUCCUCGAUGGCCUAGAAACACACUUUCCCAAGGCAACUGCGAGACAAGUUUCAACUCCACUUAUAGAAGAAAUACGCAGAAUACAACAGUAGAAACACAAAGCUUGUACCGAAAAAGCACUCUGGCGCGAAAAAAUACCGAAGAGACUAACUUUCUUACCAACCACAACAAGGCUGACAUUCCAGAGGUCGGAUUCAGGAACACCAUGAUCCUGCGUACGCAGAUGGACUUUGACAAGGGUGGAUACGGUAGCUGA